AAGAAUUCAUUCUCGGAGUCGCAGCGCGAGGACCGGAUGUGUGUGGAUCAACCCCCGUCUGGCUUUUUUUCUCUUCCUUUUUGAAGAAAAAGUUGCGUCUGGAAGCCAGCGGGAGCGACCGCGGCUCCUGCCCGAAACGCCGCCUGGCUCGCCCCGCCCGGGCUCCCCUCGCGCCUCCUGAGCCGCCCGCGAGCGAGCAGAAAAGUUGGGGGCAACUUGAAGGGGGUCGAUUUCCCUUUUCGGCUUCCCGGCUCUCCCCUCCGCCAUCGCUGUCCCCGGGGAGGACGAGCAGUCGAUACAUGAAGGCUUCCUAACGCGAGGAAGAUGAACAUUUAUCGCCCUCCUUCGGGGGCCAAAGCGAAGGUCCCUCACUCGGGCCUGAAAUACAGCAGCAAGACAGAGGACAUGAAUGGCCUUGAGGAAGGGGUGGAGUUCCUUCCCACCAUGAACACCAAGAAGCUUGAGAAGCGUGGUCCAAAACGUUGGGUGGUGGUGGUCAUCAUUGUAUCCACCUGCCUGCUCCUUUCUCUAUUGGUUGGGCUGCUGGUUUGGCACUUCAUAUACAGGAGUGCCCUUGUGCAGAAGCCAUACAAUGGCCUCAUGAGAUUGAUAGGUACUCGGUUCAUUGAUGCCUAUGAGAAUUCCAGCUCUCCUGAAUUUGCUGCACUGGCUAGGGAUGCAAAAAGAACGCUCUUAGACAUCUAUGCAAAUAAUUUGGAUGUUGGUCCCUUCCACAAAGAGACGGAGGUAAAAGCAUUCAGUGAGGGCAGUAUUAUUGCUUACUUCUCAUCAGAGUUCAGUGUUCCUAAAUACAAGGUGGAUGCUCUUGAUAAGGCCAUGGCAAAUUUCAAAAUUUCAAAUAAAGCGGGAAUGCAAAAAGCCCGAAAUCCAGGGUUUCGAGUUGACUCUCUUGUUGCUUAUCCUUCUGAUCUGGAUGCAAUGAAAGCAACACAAGACAACACCUGCAGGUACGCCUUGCAUGCAAAAGAAGGGGUAGUGACCAGCUUUACCACACCAGGAUUUCCAGACAGCCCUUACCCAUCCAAUAUGCGCUGCUUCUGGGCACUGAGAGCCGAUGCCAACUCUGUCAUUAGCCUGACCUUCACCACAUUUGACGUGGAGCCGUGCAAGCAAGGGGGGGACUUUGUGAAGGUGUAUAACUCGUUGAGCCCAGUGGAAGAGCGCUCCUUGGUGAAGCUGUGUGGGAGCUUUGAUUUUUCAUACAACCUAACUUUCAUCUCCUCUCAAAACGUUCUGCUGGUGAUGCUAGUUACAGAUGCUACGGAAAGGUAUCCUGGGUUCAAGGCAGAAUUCUUCCAGAUGCCGAAGAUGACAUCUUGUGGUGGAGUUUUGAAGGGCAUAUCGGGGAACUUUACCACUCCUUAUUACCCAGCCCACUAUCCUCCAAAUUUGGAUUGUGUAUGGAAUAUAGAGGUGCCUAGGGGCAAAAAUGUAAAAUUACGUUUUAAUGCAUUCUACCUUGAGGAACCUGGUGUCCCACCCAAUUCCUGCACCAAAGAUUAUGUGGAAAUCAACGGUAUCAGGUAUUGUCAGCCAGGCAAGGGAUUUGUGGUAAUGAGUAAUACCAGCAAAAUUACAGUUCAUUUCCAUUCGGAUGAAUCGCAUGUGGACAGUGGCUUUUCGGCUGAGUACUUGUCCUAUGACUCCAAUGACCCUUGCCCAGGGAAUUUCACCUGUAAAAGUGGCCGUUGUAUAAGCAAAAACAGGCGCUGUGAUGGGUGGUUUGACUGCCCAGAUGCCAGUGAUGAGAAAAACUGCAAUUGUACUGAGAAUCAAUUCAGAUGCCAUACUGGUUGGUGCAAGCCAAAAUACUGGCUGUGCGAUACUGUGAAUGACUGUGGGGACAACAGUGAUGAGCUGCAGUGCCAAUGUUCUGCUGGUAGCUUCAAGUGCAAUAACGGCAAAUGUAUCCCAGAGCAGCAGAAAUGCGACGGAAAAACUGACUGUGAAGACGGCAGCGAUGAGGGGGCCUGUGGCUCCGGUAAAGCUGCCUCCGUUUCCUGUCAAGAAUAUACAUACAAAUGCCGCAACAAUCUGUGUGUGAGCAAGAGGAAUCCAGAAUGUGAUGGAGAGGCAGACUGUAAUGACAAUUCAGAUGAAGAGAAUUGCAAUUGUGGCAUCCGUGCCUAUAGCAAGCAGUCCCGGAUUGUUGGUGGACAGGCCUCUGAUGUGGGCGAAUGGCCUUGGCAGAUUAGUCUGCAUGUCAAGAAUGAGGGUCAUGUCUGUGGGGCUUCCUUGAUAUCGGACAAGUGGCUGGUCACGGCUGCCCAUUGCUUUCUUGAAAAGAACUUCAUCAGAUAUAACGAUCCCACGCUGUGGACUGCCUUCCUGGGUCUUCAUGAUCAGGAGGACAGGUCAAACAGCAAAGUUGAGAAACGGACUAUCAAGCAAAUCAUCACCCACCCAUUCUUCAAUGACUUCACUUACGACUACGACAUUGCUGUGAUGGAGCUGUCCAGGCCAGUCUCUUUCUCCAAACAAAUCAUUCCCAUCUGCUUGCCUGAUGCCUCCCAUGAAUUCCCUGCUGGAAAAGCCAUCUGGGUGACUGGAUGGGGAGCUACUCAAGAAAAUGGCGUUGGGGCCAGAAUUUUGCAGAAGGCAGAAAUCCGGGUGAUCAAUCAGACCAUGUGUGACUCACUGCUGGCAAAUCAAAUGACUCCACGCAUGAUGUGUGUAGGAAUCCUGACCGGAGGAAUUGAUGCUUGCCAGGGAGAUUCUGGAGGACCACUUGUCAGUGUGGAAGCUAACAAUAGGAUGUUCUUGGCUGGUGUAGUCAGCUGGGGAGAUGGUUGCGCUCGCCGGGACAAGCCAGGAGUCUACACCCGGGUCACCAAGCUACGAAAAUGGAUCAAAGAAAAAUCAGGGGUGUAGGUGGUUUCAGCAACCAGGAUUGUUCACACAUCUGCCCCCUCACCCAGGUUUGUCAACCUGACCUUUGAAGAAGACUUUCCCGCAUGAUGUGAAGGGAGCCCUGUGUAAUCGUUCCUGCUCUUGUUUUGUUUUUGUUUUCCUGGGACUGGGUGGGGAAGGUUGGCUUGAUCGCAAAUGACCAGUAUGGAUUAAUUAUACAUGGACAGUUGUCCCUUUGAGAGCCCUACAACUGCUACUUUCCAUGCUUCUGUCUCCUGAGACUACCACAGUGUCUUCAUUUGAACACGAACCCAUUCUUGACUGGCCUGGAGCUCUACAGCACAUCUGCACAGGUGUACAAAGGAAGUUUGGAACAAGUUUGAGAUAGGAUUGCAGUGGCUCCUCUUUUCCCAAGUCCCAAACAGAUGGCAGGGGAGGAAGGUAGACUAAGCUGCCUGUUUGAAAAACUGAUUGCAGUGUCUGGGCUUGAUGUGCCACUCUUUUCCUUGUUGUGUCCAACACAAUCCCAUCUGUGAUUAUCCUAGUGCCUAUAACUUUUCCCCCUAAAUUCCUUGUUAAGAGUAAACUUACUAUGUUUGCUAUCCCAGCAUGCGAUUCUCUGGAACUCUUACAGGGAAGUGGAUUAUGGCAAUUUCCAAUAUAACUGUGUGGAUUGCUUUAGGGCUACAAUAUUGGGGCUGCAAAAGCUGGAUGACCACUAGAUGGGAGCAAAGAGAUAUAUCAAAAGCUGUCUUCUGCUCAUAGCCAGCGGUGGUUAUUUGAUAACAUGACUUCUUCCCCCCCCUCCCCCGAGUGAACUUCACAAUAUCUGUGCAGAAUUGUCUAUAAAAUACAGCCUUGUUGUGUUGACAAGGUGAACACUGAAGGUCAUACUUGAUCUGCAGUGUAGAAGUUGUUUUUUAAGGGAAUACUUCCCAUCUCUGACUUCACUUCCUUUGUAUAAUAUACUAAUCAGAGAUGCAGAGACCCGGGGAAGAAAGACAGGAGGGGGCAAGUAGGGAAAAUUUCCCCCUCUGAAUUUUUCCCUUUUUCUCUUCUUCUUUCCCCUAGUCUUUACAUCUCACAUAUUAGCAUCACUUAAAUUUAGAUCCUUGAUUUUUUUUACCACAUUACUAUCCCUUUGAGCCACUGGGAUAAACAUUCUGACUGUAGCUUUCCUUGCAGGCAGAGGCAAGUUUCUGCAGUUCUGUUGAUUAUCAGGUUAUCUGUAAACCUCCAAGAUGCCUUUGAGGAUAAAAUCUACAAUCAGGAAAUAGCCUUUUGCUCUUCUAUGCCUGACUGUAAAAGUCCAGUUGAAAUAUUUGGGAGUGUGGCCUUCUUGCCUUUUCCAAAAAUUCUUUUCAUAAAGAACAGUUGAUCAUGGACUUUUCCGACAAUCAAAAGCAUGAUCCUUUCCAUCAAGAGUGGAAUGUGGUUGAUGGAGUGGGAAUGAGAGGAGAAGUCAAAGUAGGUGUGUUGGAUCUUACAUACCUUGCUUGCUUGACUUUCAAAAAGCCAGCACCUUCUGUCUAAGUGGGAUCUUAACUGCCUGAACCAUCUCUUCAACAAGACGUAAUCUCUUGAAAGCACCUCUUGGCUCUUGUAAAAUGCUGCGUGUUCCAGAUAUCCUUCAGGCUUGUUCUCCUGAGCCUCUUGGAAGACAUUCUGAGAUCUGCAGACCCUUGGCAUGGUUGCUCAAGGUUACAAGUGCAUUCACAAAAUCCAGUUUUCUCCAGUUUUUAGUAGCCUUUUCCCUACUUAGUGGUCCCAGAUAUGUUGGGCACCAGAAUAGGCUGGCUGAGAAUUGCAAUGCCCAGUCAUCUGGAGGGUGCCUGGAAGUCCAUCUUAGGACAGACAUUGAUACGGUACAGAUAUACUUGAGACGCUGCACUUUUAAUUCAGUCCCUCUGCACCUUUUUACCUCAUUAGAAUGGGAUAGAUGUAGAGAGAUCUAUAGAAAAUGAUGGUGUGUGUAUGUGUUCACGGAUGUGUGUGUGUUUGUAUGGGUGGAUUAUUUCUUUUUCUGCCCCAUUCUGGAGCAGAUUGGCAUUACCACAAUGUGCCUUAAUGUACAGCCUUGUUUAAUCUAUAGUACUCUACAGCAUUUCUUUCUCCUUAGGUCCCCCUAGGAUUCUUGAGUGGUUGAUUGGUGCAAGUUAUGCUGGAAGACAGCCGUCUCCAAUCUGGGGUUCUCUGAAAGCCUUGUGUUAGCAUUCCCAUUCCUCCUAGCUAUUGGCCAAGCUGGUUAGGUGUUCUGGGAGUUGUAGUCCAAUCCUUCUAGAGCAGUGUUCCUCAACCUUGGCAACUUUAAGAUGUGUGGACUGCAACUCCCAGCAUAGUGGCUGGGGAAUUCUGGGAGUUGCAAUCCAUACAUCUUCAAAUUGCUAAGCUUGAGAAAUACUAUUCUAGAGAGUGCCAAGUGGGUUGUGCUUCUAGCAUGUGGUGUCAAAUGCUGUUUUGCUUCGGUGUUGCUGGCUGCAUCAACAGAAUUGGAAUAUUUCUUUGAAUAAAAUCAGUGCCUCUGUUUACUUAGCCUUAGAACGAAAGAGAAGAUGACAGUGGCAUUAUUUAGGGAAUAAACACUACUAAGUAGAGCUAGAUGGACGGAGGAAAAAUUUUUCUCCAGGCCGAUGGGUAAGACUGUUGUAUUUCACUGUGCGAUUUGUCUUAUUUUUACAACUGUGGCUUCUCCAGGACGAUUGUUGGUUCUUUACUGCAAAAUGUAGUGUUGCUUUGCCCCUGCAUUUGCUUCAGUGGCGGUCCAAAGAGUAGAUUGGGGAAAACUGAACAGGUUCCUGAAGGAAUUGUUCCUUGAACAGAGGGCAAAAAUGGGAAGGGGCCUUUUUUUUUCUACGUGAAAACGGUAUUUAACGAUCUAGGAAAUUGUUCACUGUCCCCCAUUCUUUAAAGCACAAAGCUACGGAGCGGGACCAACGCAGAUCUAAUAAUUUAACUUUUAUUUUAUGUUAAAAGAAAGCUUUGCAAAAUUGUUUGAAACAAAUUGACUCAAUUUUACUUCUUAUUGUGUUUGUAUGUAUAUAAAGGUUGUAUUUUUUUUUAAAAUGCUGUAAAUAACCUAAAUGAAAGAAAACUAUAUCAAACUUAGUUCCUACCAAUACUUCUGCCCUUUUUUAUUUUUAUUUGAAAACCGAAUGGAGAUGCCUGAUGAUUCUUAAUCUGUUAUUAAACCUGUUUUUUUA